CCGCCCAUUCCCAUCAAAGUACUCCCAACCACAUUGUUAAGCCCACCACACAACAAAACCACUUGAAAUUGAGAUAUAUACUAAGCCAACCAUCUAUUGCUUCAGCUAACGCGCGUUCCGUUUCCUUCACCGUGCGUCGGCCUUUGGGGUUGUUUCCUCAGAUCGUUCUCGCGAGGAGGUGGGCGAAUCUUCCGAUCUAAUCUCCUUUCCAAGUCCCAAAUUGGUGACGCCAACUGCUCCCAUGCUUCUCAUUUUUGUUAUAACAUCUGUUUUCACUCUGUGAUUUCGUUGCCUUUUGAUCUCCGGCUUUCUAUUUGACGUUGACGAACUACUGCCCUCUCGAUCGGAGUCGCUAUAUCUUUGCAGUUUUGUGUUCGGAACCCUAGAUCGAGUUGAUUCGGAUAUCUGUCAAGUUCUAUUUGAAUUAUGCUUUAGGAUAUUAGGUCUGGGUUGGAUCUGCUGCGAGUUACGGGUGAAAAGGAAGAACGAUGGGUGGUUAUAUGGAAGCAUUGAUCGACAGUGGAUUGAAAGUACAGAUAGCUUUCAACUUGUUUCUCUCCAAAAUGAGGCCCAUUUUCUGUGGGAACUUUGAGUAUGAUGCUCGCCAGUCAGAAUUGGAACGUCUUUUUGGCAGAUACUGGAAGGUUGACAGGGUAGAUAUGAAAUCAGGAUUUGCAUUUAUUUACAUGGAUGAUGAACGAGAUGCAGGGGAUGCAAUCCAGGCCCUUGACAGGACUGAGUUUGGCAGACACGGGCAAUGGCUUCACGUUGAAUGGACGAAGCAAGAGCUUGUGGCGGUAGGACGAUCUGGCAGUUCAAGAAGGUCUCUUGCUAAUAUGACGCAUACAAAGACACUGUUUGUCAUAAACUUUGAGCCAAUCGAUACCAGGAUGAGACUUGGAGAAGCACUUUGGACCAUAUGGAAAGGGCUUAAAUAUUAGGUUAGAAGAUAUUUUGUCUUUAAUUACUUUGAGGCACAGGAGGAUGCCACAAAAGCUCUGGAAGCAACCAACAUGAGUGUAACUUGCUUCAUUCCUUUUGCCUUUCUCCUUGGAUUUUCGGCAAGUUGAUGGACCGGGUUAUUUCACUAGAGUAUGCGCUUCGUGAUGAUGAUGACAGAAGAAAUGGGUACAGCCCUAAGAGGAGACGUAGGUAUCGAUCCCUAGCGAGGAGGGGUCGUGACAGUGGACGUACUCCAAGCCCAUACGGCAGAGGCAGGGAGAAGGAUAGCCCUGAUUCUGGGUGAACGCAGGGGUACCCCUAAUUAUGAAAGAGCUGAAACUCUUGGGCAUGAGAGUCCUUCACCAAGGCAGGAAAGAGAAUGAGAUUAUUUUACACUCGGUAAUUUGUGUCAUAGCGGCCAUGAUGGCUCAGGUACGUCUCUCUCCCGGUUGGCUGCUCAGGAUCGCGCGUCUGCCCAUUGCCCGCAUUCGAUAUCAUCUUCCUCAUCAAGAAGAGGACAAAAUCCGAUGUGAAAUGUGUUAUUAUUGAUAGAGUCGAUUCAGUCGGAAGCUUUUGCAGUGAUUCUUCUCCACAACUCGACAAAGUUUUGCAGGGGGACGGCAUCACUUUGGAGACGUCAUCGCCUUGGCGGCAGCAACAUCUAGCCAAUCAAAUAGUGGACGGCACUGUUGGUCGUGGAGUGAUCUCUGCUGCACAAAGCCUCCCCCGAAGUGGCGACACACUGGUGGCCUCCAUGGUUUCACUGUGCAUGUCAUGGCACCCAUUAUAUGAGAGAAAGCCAAGCUAAGCUACAGCUAGCUAGCCAACAAACAACUCCUCCGAGUUCUCGAGUACAAUCUUCCAAGUCUUGACUUCGAUUCCCUGCCGGAUCCAAGUGGAAAUCCGGGUGAUCAGAACCUGUAUCUUGUGGUCCUCCAGGUGGACCACAAGGAGAUGAGAAGAAGACAAGCAAGUGGUCUGCUUGCGGCUACAGGCAGUCAAUAAGAGGCGUGAACUGAGGCCACAUCCACCAUAAUGGAUAAUAUCCAUUAUUGGUGUAUCAGAAUUCACUGUCCAAAGAGGAUAAAUGUGGACAGCAACUUAGGCUGGAAAGAGCUCAGUACUGCGUCAUUGUAGAGGACAGUUAUCUAUAUACGGAUGGAUAUAGAUCACAUGGACAAAGCAGUCUCGGAAAAAGCUACAGGAGAUAGUAGCCCAGUGGUACUAUCAAAGUGGGGUUCUGACACGCACAGGAAUGAAAAGAAUGGUUUGGACUCAUCUUAUGUUGUACAUUAGUGCGUGUCUUGCAAUGAGGAAGCAAUCAUAUCCUCUCCAGAGGUUUCUAUUUGAUCUUAGGGAGUAAAUGAUAGGUACAAGUCAUCACAGUUGGAGCUCCAAACAUCAUUAUCGUGACUCUUAGUGGUAAAGUGAAUUGAGAUGAUUGAUGGGAUUAGUCGAA